UGUUUGACACAUUUGCCAGUAGGGGCAACAGUGUACGAACGCUCUCGUGAUUGAAAUCUCGCGAUGACACAGCCGAACAAAAGCUCGGCGGAACUGCAUGCGGGCCUUCUUCCUGUUUAAACGAUCACCAAAUGGCGGACAACGCCGGUGAGAGAGGAGGUUUUCGUGGGGGUUUCGGCACAGGUGGCCGCGGACGGGGCCGUGGCCGCGGCAGAGGCCGAGGCCGGGGCCGCGGAGCCCGCGGGGGCAAGGCCGAGGACAAGGAGUGGGUGCCAGUGACCAAGCUGGGCCGCCUGGUUAAGGACAUGAAGAUCAAGUCUCUGGAGGAGAUCUACCUGUACUCUCUUCCCAUCAAAGAGUCUGAGAUCAUUGACUUCUUCCUGGGUUCUGGUCUGAAAGACGAGGUGUUGAAAAUUAUGCCCGUCCAGAAGCAGACCAGGGCUGGUCAACGCACAAGGUUUAAGGCCUUUGUUGCCAUUGGUGACUACAAUGGCCACGUGGGUCUGGGUGUGAAGUGCUCCAAGGAGGUGGCCACAGCCAUCCGUGGAGCCAUCAUCCUGGCCAAACUGUCCAUCGUCCCUGUCAGGAGAGGUUACUGGGGUAACAAAAUUGGCAAGCCCCACACUGUGCCCUGCAAGGUGACUGGUCGCUGCGGCUCUGUCCUGGUGCGUCUCAUCCCAGCUCCCCGCGGUACCGGCAUCGUGUCUGCACCUGUGCCCAAGAAGCUGCUCAUGAUGGCUGGUAUUGAUGACUGCUACACAUCUGCCAGGGGCUGCACUGCCACCCUUGGCAACUUUGCCAAGGCCACCUUUGAUGCAAUCUCAAAGACUUACAGCUACCUGACCCCUGAUCUUUGGAAGGAGACCAUCUUCACCAAGUCUCCAUACCAGGAGUUCACCGACCAUCUGGCCAAGACUCACACCAGGGUGUCUGUGCAGAGGGGCCAGGCUGUGCAGGCUACCCCCUCCUAAUUUUGUACAGAGAAUCGUUGAAUAAACGGUCUGAAACACCAA